CAGCCCGUCCGUAGGGGCGAUGUCGGUGCAGCUUCGGGUGGAGUGAUCGAGGGAGAGAAGCCGCACUGGUGGUCUGGAGAGCAGCGAGGCGCCGCACCGGCCGUGGGUGCAGGCUCCUUGGCCUGGUGUUCAGGGCGGGAGCCCUUGAUUAACGGGAUGAUCCCACUUGCUCGGAGCACCUGGACAUUUGGCAAGAGUCACCUCCAGUGUGCAAAUAAGCAGCACUGAAACUGCAUUGCAUCUGAGCGCCAAGUGUUCCGAGUAAAUCAAACCCACCAGCCCUCUGACUCGUUCUGUACCUCAAGGAGACCGUGUCACUUCCUAUCAAGUUCUCAAUUCAGCUCCCGCCAAGAAAAAAAAAUGAAUGAAUAUCAUAUCCAUAGCUUUUUAGAAGAGAGAUCCAAAUACAUGUAAGCUGUAAUAAUAAAUAGAAAUUGUUGGUCGGAGCGCAUCGAUGGAAGUUUCAACGGUCAACGUUUUGGUUUUCAGAUCCUGGCAAACUCUUCCCUUGGUCUCAUGGCAGCGAUGCUUCACUACACACACUCUCAAAAAGAUCACCAGCAUUCGUAUUUAUUUUCUUUAAAUUUGGAAACAUUCAUCCUGGGUUUCUUCCCGAAUUAUAUGUUUCAUCUCUCUGCAUAGAAAUUUUGCCCUGUUAAAUGAUCUGCAUUGCUGGAAGCUUGCAGUGGAAGUUGCACAAGACAUUAGGAACAGCUGGAUGUAAAAGUGACCAAGAUUUCCGAAAAUGCUGAACUGUCGAGUACUGAAGGCGGUAAGGAUGUUUGCAUCGUCACGUAGUGGACUUUGUGUAAUGAAACACUGCUCAUGGAAACGAACACAAGCAUUACCCUGUUCAAUUGCGCAUAGAAUCCUUCAAAAAGACAGGUUGACCAUCAACAACAGAUACUUUCCCACUUCUGUGAGUUGGGGUAUUGGAAUGUAUGGAAGCCCCUCAGUUACUCCUGUAAGGAUGCUGUCCUUGGCCUCCUGCUUGUCUGCAUCACCAACGUCAGCUCCCCGACCUAGCUGGUACGAGAGUUUUUCUGAUUCAGUGCCUGUUCACCUGAUGGAAAACCUAUUGACUGAUGUGCAGCAGAGCACAGGACUGCCGUGGUGGGCGAGUAUAAUUUGCACCACAGUGGCAUUCCGAGCAACGGUAACAUUCCCACUCGCUGUUUAUCAGACAUACAUUAUUGCCAAGGUUGAAAAUCUACAGCCAGAAAUUGCAGAGCUAGCCAAGCGAUUACGUUAUGAAGUAUCUGUGCGUGCAAAGCAAGUUGGGUGGUCAGAAAGUGUAGCUCGUUUCCAUUUUAGGAAAAAUUUGAAAAGGAUCAUCUCGGAACUGUAUGUGCGUGACAACUGUCAUCCUUUCAAAGCUAGUCUCCUUGUCUGGGUCCAGCUGCCACUUUGGAUAUGCAUCUCUUUUGCUUUGAGGAACCUGAGUCUGGCAGCAUCUGAUCCUUCAGCAGUAUCUGGUGCUCAGGACCUAUCAGUGGGUGGCACACUCUGGUUUCCUGAUUUGACUUUGCCUGAUUCAACCUGGAUAAUGCCCAUAUCCUUGGGGCUCAUUAACCUUUUAAUAGUUGAGAUUUUUGCUCUCCGGAAAAUAGAAUUGUCAAAAUUUCAGAAAUACAUCACCUACAUGAUCCGUGGAUUUUCAGUGCUCAUGGUUCCAAUUGCUGCAGCAGUCCCUUCGUCAAUGGCUCUCUAUUGGCUGACAUCCAGCUGUGUGGGUCUUGGACAGAAUUUGCUGCUGCGUGCUCCUAGUGUUCGUACACUUUGCCGGAUUCCUAAGAUGAAGUCCGAUUCAGACACUCCCUUCAGAGACUUAUCUGCAGGACUUCUUGCAAAAUAUUUCCCUAGAAAGUGAUCAACAGAAGAUGCGUGCAGAAUUCAAGUUGUAACUGAAUGGAAUGCAGCAUUUUUUACAAGCUGAUUUCUAUCAUAAGCUGCAUCAGACGUGCUCUGCACUAAGCAGCCGUACUUGUGUUGAAGACAUCACUUUCCAUGCUAUGCUAGUCCUUGAGGGACUGUAAUUAUUAAAGAGACUUAUUUUAAUUUUUUUUCCACAUCCAAGGUUACUCCUGAACAGAGGAAGUGAAAUGAAACCAAAUGCUAAAUAAUUGCACAUUGCAGUUUGUACAGUUUUACUUCUGCAUCAUAAAUAUUUAUUGAUGAUCAUUUGGGGAGUGUUAUUGAGUCUAUUUAUCUGUAAUGACAGUGUGUCUGUAUUUUCAUGCAUUCGUCUUCCAUAUGUUCAUCAGACUGAUAACCUCAGUGCCUGGGUGAUUGUGAUGGUGACCCAUAAUUUGCUGUUCUGGCUAUUUUAGUACACUAUUUCCUUUCCCCUCUCAGAAUGUAUUCUGAUAAGCGCCCCCCCCCCCAAUCAGUUCAUUAUCAUAAUAUCCUAUUCAUGAAUUGAUUUAAAGUUUGACAAAAGAGAAUUGCAAUUGUCUUGACAUCAAAUCAAAAGAAUCAUUAUCCAAUAAAUACUGGACUUUUAUCAUCAUGUCAUGUAAUGUUUUGAAUUUAUGUAUCUAAAAAUGGACCUCUCACUGAAAUCGUUGGAGCAUCCUUGAACUUGCAGCUGAAAAUUGGAGAUAGUACAUGUGGUUAUAACAAUCUGUUUAGCAUGAAAUGUUUUUGAAGUUACUCAGGGCUCCACUUCACUUUCCCAGAUGGAGGACUAAACUAAAUGGCACCUUGCUGUUGGUUAUUUUACUCUAACUUUGCAUCUAAAAGUCAUCACUUUGAUAAUGCAGGUGGAUCAAUUUUCAGUGUCUUAACACCUUUUAUGAAAUCAACAUGAGCUUCUGACUUCAUGAUGCUUGGUGCUCAAAGUAUUUCAUUCUGGUCAGCAUUAUGUUUCCCUCCCUGUUGCAUGUAUUCACUCUGGCUUACUAUUUGACUGCAGAUUUUGCAAUGUAUUGUUGAGCAAUGGAAACUUACAGCAGUCAUUGAAUAAGUAAUAUAUAGCAAUGUGAUCUUCUACACUCCCUUCAGUCGUCUUUUAGCUGUUUCAGAUUCAACUUGUAGCAAUUAGCAGGUCUUUUACUACCAUGUUCAAGAUGGUAAUUGGCAGGGUUUAUAGUGUGCAGGCUGAAAUGCUGUUUCAGCAGUAAUUCUUGGAAAUAAUAUUUUACAUUUGGGGUUCACCUGCAUGUUGAUUGGGUCUGGAACGGACCUUGUGACCAUGCUACAGUUGACAAAGCCAGUAAUUGCAGUGGCCAUCAAUAAAUUUCUCACUUGGAAGGUUUGUGGUACUUUUUCAGUGGCAUGCUGAUUUUUAGAUCUGUGCUCUUUUGACUAUCCUUUCUUAUCAUAUGAACUGGAAUUUGUCCUCCAGGAGAAUUAGAGUUAAAGAAAUAUCACCUCCAAAAAUCACUUCCUUAGAUUAAUUACCAGCUUUUUUUUUGUAAUACCACUCUCUCUGUACAGAAUAUAACAAGAAAGACAAUAGUUCUAUUUAUUAAUGGAAAUGUAUGCAAGAUACAUCCGGAAUUUUUUGUUCUUCACAGACAUCCAUGAAAGCAGAAGAGGGCCCCAAGGAAUAAAUGACAGUAAAAACAUUAGAACCCCAAAGCCCCCCAGUCUUCACAGGCGACAGUAAAACAACAACCCUCCCCUACCCCCACCCACUUAUGCAAAAAAAAGCAUCAGCAUCCUCCACCCACCAAGCAAGCAAUAGCAAAGCCCCCAAGAAAGACCAUGAUCUGCAGUACAGGAAAAACUAAUCGUUCACCCAAGGAUUUGACGUACCACAAGGCUCUCUCUCCCUCUAAUAAAGGCAUGCUCUUCUAGGCCACGUCCUUGGGAGUUGGUGAAGUGGUUGGUCAUGAGACCCCCGGGAGUGGGUCCCACCACCGCAAAAAAAAACAGUCUGAGUGUAGCUCCAGGUCAAGGUCUACAACAGACCCCUAUCCACCAUGAGACAUCAAAGAUAGAUAUUAAGCUGUUUCUGCAGAUAAGCUUGAAUGAAUUGCUUUUAAGUAGAGUUGAUAAAAACUCCUCUCAAAGAAACACAUUUUCUUUUGUCAAUAUUGUGCUUUAAGUAUCAGGGCUUAUCCUGUAACAGCACUGUUUCUCCACUAGAUGGUGGCAUGUAAAAUGUAUUUUUAUUAUAUUUAUGAAAGAACUACACCUAGUGGCUGCUUUAUUAGAUAGAGGAGUGUUACCUUAUCUGUGUUGAUCUAUCAUCAACUGAUCUAAAUUAGCAAUUCCCUACACAACUCUUAAUCAAUGCUUGCACUUUAUUGCUUCUGUGCAAAUGUUAACGUAACUAUGUUGAUCCCAGGAACAUCUCACAAAUGACUUUUAUUUUAGAAAUAAUCUCUAGUUCAACAGAUUAUCAGGGGCAUCAUUGUGACACUUCAAAGCACUUUGAUACAGCUAUUCCUGAGCAAAACCAGUUCAGAAACUGGAGGUUACAGAGCAGCUUCACAAAAUGGCAGCCUCCAUUCCUCCAACCAUAUGACAAGGACAAAGAUAUUAAGUUUGUCCACUUCUACUGUCCUUGACUCAUUUGAGAUAGAUGGUUUCUUUCAUAUUUUAAUUUCUUGAUGGCCAGUAUCGCUCCUCUUUUGAUCCACGGAAAAUUUUGUGGAUCACACUAGUGUAUAUAUGUCUGAAUGAAUUAAGUACAAAAGGAACAGCAGUGUUAAUGUCUACAUCAAGUACUUAUUUUAUUUUUUAUUUAGCAAUACAGCAUACAGUAGGCCCUUCCAGCUCUGAACCACGACAAACAUGAUUAACCCUAACGGAAUCACAGGACAAUUUACAAUGACCAAUUAACCUGCCUAGUACGUCUUUGGAUUGUGAGAGGAAACUGGAGCUCCGGGGAAAAUCCACAUAUUCCAUGGUGCUGGAAUUGAACUCUCAGCUCCAGAAUGGCCUAAGCUAUAAUAGUGUUGUACUAACCACGAUGGUGCCCAAUACUGAUAAAAGCACUAACAAAAUGUCAAAGACAGUAAAACAAAUAAAAAGUAAUAUCAAACACCGACAUUUAAAAAUAAUAUAAGUGGCUAAAAUAUGUAAAAGAAACAUGAUAAAAUAUGUAAACUCUUCUCGGGCUUCCAGCUGGCUACAAGUAUUGACUUUAACAGACGUUGGAUGACGAACACUGCCAUCUUCAUCAGGGAUAAUGCCUUCGUAUGUCUAGUCCGGUGGUAUUUAUUCCCAGUGGAAAACUGAUUGGAUGAGGACUAACCAAUCAGGAGGGACGGCUGACGGGGGUAUAAAUACCACUGGACUAGAAAUGCCCAGGCAUUAUACCUGAUGAAGACUGGCUACCAACCAGUUGAACUGUAGCACGUUUUUCUUCGGAAGAGAGAGGGAGUCGUUCAAAUUAGGAAAAAAGCAAUAAAUAGACAAAAUAAACAAGCAAUGAGUUUUUGGGUGUUUUCUGGACUUUUGAUACAUAGCAAAUGAAUAUCAACAGCAGCCAGUCUUGAGACCUGAAUGUGGAUCGUAGAUCGAAUUUAAAAUACAGCUCUCAACAAUGACCUUCCAUUUGACUGCAGACAACAGCAAGUGCAUGAGCACAGCCCAGAGUCAGUGGGAAUUAACGGUUAUUUUGGGUGUCUAGAGUGUGGGUGCAAAGAAGGAAGUGUUUGAAAACUAUAUGUAAUUCAAAGGAAGCAUUGUAGAUAGUGUACAUUGUAAUUAUAAAAUUGUCCUGCUAUUACCUUUGAUCUUUAGCAUAUUAAAAUGUCAUGUAAUAUUGGGUUGAGAA